GAUGCAGGUUAUUAAGAGGCUUGAGAGGCUGCUCACGGCCCUCUUGUCCACACAGAAAGAUCUAAUCGAAUCAUACCAACAGUUCAGCCGAGCAGAAAAGACACUUUUAGAUGGAGGACUCCAGCCUGCUAAUUCAUUUUUCAGCCCCAUCACUGUUCACUCCGACUCAAACUGGAAUCCUGCCCAUCCAGAGAAUCCUCAAGACUUUCAGAGCUUUUACAUGAGCCCUUACUGCCGUACUCCACCCAGCGUACACAAUACUAUCCACAUUCAAACUAUUGGCUCUUUUGGAGAUGAAGCGGCUGUGGCUGAGCAGUGUGUUGAAUGGCUAAAGGACUACUGUCAAACCUUCUAUUAUGGGCUGGCGGUCAAGCUUUUUCCACCAGUAACAGUUGCUUCGUCAGAUUGCUCAUUUGUGAGCAACAGCAACACACACCACCUCCAGCUGCAUGCAGGAGAACUGAUGGCCUUCUUGAAAAAGAGAAAGCCCAUCGAUGCUUUUUGCAUUGUGGGGAUCACCAUGAUCGAUUUGUACCCCAAGGAGUCGUGGAAUUUUGUUUUUGGCCAAUCUUGUCUCUCUCAUGGUAUGGGAGUCUUCAGCUUUGCACGGUAUGAUGAUGAUUUUUACAAGUUGAGCUAUGCAGAUCUCAAGAAGAGAAUAAAACUGAAGUAAGGAGACUACUCUAUGUUUGAGAAUUACUACACUCCUUCACUCACCAGCACUCUUCUGCUGCACUCAUGCAAGACCUUGACUCAUGAGAUUGGACAUAUUUUCGGGAUGCAGCACUGCCAGUGGGUGAACUGUAUCAUGCAGGGCUCUAAUCAUUUAAAGGAGUCUGAUUGUCGGCCACUUGACCUCUGCCCCAUCUGUCUUCGUAAACUGCAGUCUGCCCUCAGUUUCAAAAUAGCUGACCGAUAUAAGGCAUUACUGCAUUGGAUUGAAGAUGGAGCUGAUGGACUCAAAACUCAAAAGCCACACAAGCCUUUCAAGAGUACACACACUGGUUUUACAAGUGCUUACAAAUAUUGGAAGGUGAAGCAUCAUGAACCAGCCAGUUUGAACUUUUGCUAUCUGCCGACAAGCAAUGUCAAGGCAAGUUAAGACAUGCUAUUUGCACAAUCUUAUAAAGAGCUUUAGUGAGAAAACGUCUGCUGAGUAAAUACUAGUAAACGUGUUCAUAACAAAUACUUUAGAUUUGUUUGUAUGUAUAUAUCAAACUUAAU